AUCUUGGAAGGAAAUAAAAACGUGAGAUUUUUGUUUGGACCUCAAAUUUUCUCAUGCUGCCAACUAGCAACGAAGUCGUAACAUUAUCUUCUUGAUCUUCCUCGGCUUUUCCAUACAAUAAGUCUGUAACCCCCGAUAUAAACUUGACUAUAUGCAUAUUGAUAUACGCAAUCUUUCCAUCGAUAAGGAGCAGAAUGGCGUGCGGGACUGCGUUACGUUUCGUCUUUUUAGCAGAGCCGUGGCGACCCGUUCGUCUCGAUCGAACCUUCGCUUGCGCUUCACUGAGGAUCCGUGGAUCAUCUACGCCCAGGUGGAGCGGGAAGUUCCGGACCCUCAGAGCCCGAGAUUUUCACACGGUGAAACUAAUAACUCAACUCAAUUGCUCUCACAACGAAACCCCAUUGUCGUCGUCUCAGGACGACCAAGGCCCGCCUCAAGAAGCUGUUCUCAAAGCUAUUUCAGAGGUCUCUAAGGCGGAAGGAAGAGUUGGACAAACCACAAAUGUGGUGAUUGGUGGCACCGUAGCAGACGAUUCAACCAAGGAAUGGCUCGCUUUGGAUCAGAAGGUGAACUCAUACCCAACAGUAAGAGGUUUUACAGCGAUUGGAACUGGUGGUGAUGAUUUUGUGCAAGCUAUGGUUGUUGCCGUUGAAUCUGUAAUCCAACAACCAAUCCCCGAGGGUCGUGUCAGGCAGAAAGUAUCAUCAAGAGGCAAAUAUGUAUCUGUGAACAUUGGACCCAUUCAAGUCGUUUCUAGUGAGCAGGUCCAAGCUGUAUACAACGCCAUGAGGAGAGAUGAACGGAUGAAGUACUUUUUGUAGUGCGAUUUUUGUAUAGAUUGCUGGUCGUAUAUGCUGUAUGAUUGGUUCCUUUCUGUCUACCACACUUUCUUUCGCUCUCUUUCUCGUCAACCUGGUAUGUUCUAACCCAUGAUAUCUAUGUAGGUAAGGAAAAUGAUGGCGCAAAAUUAAUCUAGGGUAUAUGUAAAAGAUCUAUUUGUAAUUGAUGGUCUUCCAUACGUAGAAAGAUCACGGUUCUAUUGUUUUA